UUUGACAAGCAUGAGGCGCAUACUCAGUACGAAUUUAUUGAGGCAUUUGAGCCUAUUUGGUGGAAGUCUCCCUGCCCCUAUCUCCCUAACAGUGGGGAAACACUAUAUUUUUCCCAUGGCUUUCUGCAGGAAAUCGACGACAGACAGCACCGACAUGGAUCUGAGUAGCAUGAGGAAGAAGUACAAAGGAGACGAAGACUGCUUUGAGGAGAGUCAGCUUGUGUCUCUGGACCCCAUCAAGCAGUUUGGGAACUGGUUCGAUGAAGCCACAAAUUGUCCUGAGAUUGGAGAGCCCAAUGCUAUGUGCAUUGCAACUGCCACAAAGGAGGGACGUCCAUCUGCUCGUAUGGUUCUCUUGAAGGGGUACAGCAACGAAGGUUUUCGUUUUUUCACAAACUAUGAGAGCAGAAAGGGUUCAGAGAUUGAGAGCAAUCCAUACGCAUGCCUGGUCUUCUACUGGGAACCUAUUAACAGACAGAUUCGGAUCGAAGGCCAGGUGGAGCGGAUCCCUUAUCAGAGCUCCUGUGAAUACUUCCACUCGCGACCAAAGAGCAGCCAGAUCGGGGCUGUUGUGAGUCGACAAAGCACUCCUGUUCCUAACAGAGAUUAUUUAAGGCACAAAAAUGCAGAACUUGUGGAGAAGUACAAGGACACUGAGGUGCCUAUGCCGGAUUACUGGGGCGGCUACAUCGUCAAGCCUUAUCUGAUUGAGUUCUGGCAGGGUCAGACCAACAGACUUCACGACCGCAUCGUUUUCACCAAGAUGACAGACGGAGAGAAACUGGGAGAGUUUCAGCACGAAGCAGAGGGAGGCUGGGUGUACCAGCGAUUGUCCCCAUGAAAAUUAGACUCUCCUGUGAGAAAGUAGAUUAUCAUGUGAUCUAGAAAAAUCAACCUCAUUUGAAAUAACCAACAUUUUAAAUUUACUGCUGGAAACCAUUUGGUGUUCGUAUAAUAGAUGCAACUGUGCAUAGGAUGUCUCAACAUGCCAGACGUCGCUGUAAUGUCUUUGAACCAAACCACGUGUGCAAGCAGUGUAACACAACCUGACUGUACUGUGCAGCUUUGCAUUCUCCAUGUAUUAUGAAAGGAAACGAGGAGAGUGCAACGACCCACACAGGAGAGUAAAUUUCACCUGGUCCCAUCAGAUAAUAAUUGACAGUUUGGUUGUUUAAUUGUGUCUUGGUUGACCAUUAGGGCAAACUGUGUCUUAUUUCGUAAUAAAAAAUUAUCUUUACUGAGAAGAAGACUUUCAGUUUCUCUCCAUAACUUUCAUUGUUUUACAGGUCUGUUGUUUUGUAAUGUGCUCAGAACCUUGUAAAAGCAACGAUAUGUUAUUGUUUGCUAAAUUUACAGAAAAUGGAGACAGUGUUGUGUCCAGCUGGUUUCUAGAGAUUUCUGUUAAAGCAGGAAUUUAUUUAACUCCAAAUAAAUACUAAAUUAUUUAGUAGGUAAAAAUAAUUCUCUACACCUGUUACAGGUUGUGUUUAAUGAUGCUUAAAUGUUCUGUUUUGGCACAGAGCUGGUAACUCAGACAUGUUUUAGUGCUCAGUUCAUUGUUAAAGGUGUUUUACUGUACUGUUACAGUCGUGUGUGUAAACUGGAGGGCAAAAAGAACCAGUUUCCACUUGUGUCCAUAAAAUCCU